UAAUUUCAACUUCAUCAGAUGUCUCGAAAUAUUACUGAAAAAUAUUUAUGGAUUAACAAUUAUUUCUUUGAAAAUUCCUUGAGACAGGAGUUCAAAGAUGAUUCAAUUUUUUUGAAAACUUUCGAAGUGCUUCAUGAAGAUUCAAAUCGAAAUAAACAUUUUUGGUGUGACAUUAUCAAGUUUGAAAUAAAUUACACAAACAGCUCUAAUGAGCUUUUGAGCAGAAAUGUUACUUUAAAAAUAUCAUUUUAUAAUCCAUACAUUGAAGAAACUUUAGAAAAGUACGAUCCAUUCAAAAGAGAAUUGUUCUUUCAUCAAGAUGUUUUGCCAAAACUUGAAGAAUUAUUAUUAUCAGUUGACGAUAACACGAAGCUUACUGAAAAAACAAUUUGCGUCGCUAACAAUCGUCCAAAACCAAAAUACAUUUUACUUGAGGAACUUUCAACAAAAAAAUACAUCAAAGUUGAUAGAAAACGUGGCUUAGACAUGACUCAUUUAAAAUUAACUUUGGAAAAGUUAGCAAAACUUCAUGCAACUUCUGCUGUUCUUUCUACCGAGAAGGAUGAAACAUUUCCCCAUCAUCAAGAACCAAACAUAAGUGAAUCUUCAAAAAUCUUUUACUCUCUUUUCUCUAAUUGCAUGCAAGCAUUGAUUGAAGAGAUGAUUAAUAGCAAAGAUGAAGAUGAGAAGAGACUUGGAAGAAAGCUUGAGAACUUUGAAAAAAAUAUGUUUGAUAAAAGCACAGAAGCAUUUUUAUUGCCACCAGACGAUUUUUACGUUCUUUGCCAUGGAGAUUUGUGGAUGAAUAAUUUACUGUUUGAAUAUGACGAAGAGACAGGUCAACCAAACGAUGUUUCAUUUUCUGAUUUCGGUUUGAGUUAUUUCGGAUCGCCAGGAAUUGAUUUAUCUUAUCUAAUCUUCACAUCUUCAUCGAAUGAUAUAAAAGACUACGAAAUUGACAUUCUAUUGCAGUUCUAUCAACAAAAUUUACAUGCAAAUUUAAUCAAACUCAAUUACUCUCAACCCAUUCCAUCCCUUAUUCAAGUUCACAACUUUUUUUUAAAAUGCGGAGUCAUUGGAUUUGUUUAUUCAUGUCUCCUUCUUCCAAUACGAUUUGCAGCUCCUGCUUUACUCAAGGACAUGAGUGCAUUUGUAGAAGAGACAGAAGAUUCAUUAAUGAUUCGAAAAGAGUUAUUCAAAAAUUUUAUGUUGAAAGACAGAUUGCGAUUUUUGCUUUACUAUUUUGAUAGAAAAGGAGUUCUUGAAUGAUUUUUUUCUUGAUUCUGUUGUCAAUUUCUAUUAAAAUAUUUUCAAAUUAUCCUGUUUUUAAUAAAGUUUUAAAUUGAAAAAUUUAAA